CAGUAUAUAGUUGAGGGUCAGGCGGUAUGUUUUAUCGAUAAGUCCGCGGCCACACUCUUUUCGUGAAUUCUGCCUUCUGUGAUUACUCGUGGCGAAAUUUUAUAUUUCAAUUUAACACUAUUAAACUGCAGUGUACAGCAAAAUGCCUGGCGUUGAAACUAUAAAGUCCUCUUGGGCCGAUGAGGUGGAGCUCGACUACGGCGGCUUGCCGCCGACAACGGAGAACGUUGAGAAUGGCCACAAAUAUGUGACCGAAUACAAAUACAACAAGGACGACAAGAAGACGAAGGUCGUGCGCACCUACAAAAUCUCCAAGCAGGUGGUGCCAAAGACCGUGGCCAAGCGCCGCACCUGGACCAAGUUUGGCGAGUCGAAGACGGACAAGCCCGGACCCAAUUCGCACACCACAAUGGUAUCCGAGGAGAUCAUCAUGCAGUUCCUCAACUCCAAGGAGGACGAGAAGGCCAACGACCCGCUGCUCGAUCCCACCAAGAACAUUGCCAAGUGUCGUAUUUGCAAUGGCGAGCAUUGGUCCGUCAACUGCCCCUACAAAGGUACCGCCAUGGACACAAAUCUCAUGGAGAAGAAGGCUGCGGCGGCUGCCUCCGCUGCUGUUGAUGCACCCAAGUCUGGUAAAUAUGUGCCGCCAUUCCUCAAGGACAGCCAAAAGGGUGGCCUGGGAAUGCGUGGUCGCGACGACACCGCCGCCAUUCGCAUCUCGAAUCUGUCCGAGUCGAUGACGGAGGCGGAUCUGGAGGAGCUGGUUAAGAAGAUUGGACCACAAAGUAAAAUGUACCUGGCCCGCGACAAGAACACCGGCCUCUGCAAGGGAUUCGCCUACGUGCACUUCAAGCAGCGCAAGGACGCUGCGGCGGCUAUCGAGAUAUUAAACGGGCACGGCUACGACCAUCUGAUUCUGAGCGUGGAAUGGUCAAAGCCGCAGAACAAUUAGUCGUGUUAGUCGUCUUGGUUUAUAUCAAAGCCGAGCUACAUAUUAUCUGUAUAGGCCCGUCUAUUCGCCCCAGCGCCGCUACAGGCUCGGUUUGAUCACAUAACAAAUAUCCUUAAGCUAAAGGUUUGCUUUGCUACAAAUAAAUGAGAAAAUAUAUAGCCGCAAGGGCACCGAAAACAGACAGCA